AAUGCCCAAUCUGUUCAAUUGCGUCAACUCAACAACCCUAGACACAGAGAAAGGUCGAGGAAGAGGUUUAAAUGGCAUCUGGAUGGGGAAUCACCGGCAACAAGGGCCGAUGCUACGAUUUCUGGGUCGAUUUCAGCGAGUGUAUGUCAACUUGCCGAGAGCCUAAAGACUGCGGCCUCCUCCGCGAAGAUUAUUUCGAGUGUCUCCACCACUCUAAAGAGUUCCAACGGAGGAACCGAGUUUACAAGGAGGAACAGCGUCAGCUGAGAGCUGCUAAAGAGAAUGCCAAGGGAGGAGGCAGAGGCGGUGAUGGUGGCCAUCACUGAUAAUUGCCAAUGGCACCAAAGGACGGAUGUGAAGCAAUUGAUUUUCUUCCAAACUUUGUUGGAAAUAAACAUAAACGAGAUGUAUCUAUGUGUUAUCGGAUGUUAAGAAACACCCUACAUCUUUAAAAUGGGAGUCUUGGUUCAGGAACCACUGCUGUAUGCUUCAUUGUGUCUGUAUUUCUUGCCAUUUACCCUGCUGUGGGGUUACUAUUGUUUGCUCACUUUGUCAA